CACCUGUCAGAGAUUACCUUAUGGAACUCGACGAUAGUGGUAAUGAAUGCAAAGUGUGUAAACAAACAUUCGGAAGCCAGACUGCAAUAUCAACUAUUAAUCGGCAUUUUAAAGCCUUUUAUCCUGCAGAAUUUACUCUAAUUAAACAACGUAGAUAUCAACGACUUGACCCUUAUAGUCCAAAUGAAAAAUAUAAGGUGGACAGUUUAAAUAAUAAAUUUUUAAAAUGGGUAGUUGUUGAUCAACAAUCAUUUUUAUUAUCUGAAAAUACAGAAUUCAUUAAAUUUUUACAAGAACUUGAUCCCCAUUAUCAUCUUCCCUCUCAUACUGCAACCAACCAGGCCAAUAUGAUUAUUGAACUUCUAAAGGAAAUAGGCAUUGGUCAAAAACUUCUAGAGGUAACAACCGAUAACACUGCGAAUAUGCUUGCAAUGGGACGCGUCCUAAAAGAAAAAAUGAAUAAUGAAUUUAGUAAUCCAAAUGUACAACAUUUUCGUUGUGGCGCCCAUGUUCUCAAUAUUAUUGUAGAAGAAGGAAUUAAGUCUGUAAGUAAAGAAGUUUCUAAGGCAUGUGAGUUCUCUAUGAAGCUUCGAAACUCUCCGUCUCUAAUUCGAGAAUUAAAAAAAAUUUUCGAGUUGAAAAACGUUCCAUUUUUAAUGCCUGAAACGGACGUAAAUACAAGAUGGAACAGUAUGUACAUUAUGUUAGAGAAACUUCAACGAAUCUGUCCCAUAACUGAUAUCCUUGUAGCGAGCAACCAAACUUUAAAACCAAAUUAUCCUAAUGAGCAAGAAUGGAAAAUUAUCUUGGUUAGUAAUUUUUAA